AUUGGAGCAGAAUUGGAAGGUAGGGCCCUGGCAGGGGCGGGGGAGUCAGCCUAUCAGUUUAGCUAAUCAGGCCCUCUUGGGUUGGCUUCUGGCUAUUUCAGUCUGGGAAGGUUUGCGAGUCCCCUGAAGUGUGGCUGCGUGUUGAGUAGCUUGACGAUCUGUCUACCCGCUCUGAUUCAUAACAGCACACGGUGCACAUCCAAUGGAAAAGCUCACAUUUCCCGUUUAUUCGCUGUUAGUUAACCAAGAGCCUCCCAGCAGCCCUGCAAACAUAGCCAUACCUUGGUAGUAAAGUCAGCUCCCUCCCCAGAAUGUUGGAACCACUGAACGAGGGAUUUCUUUCUAGAAUCUCUGAUGUGCUGCUGUGUGGAUGGACUUGUCGACACUGCUGUCAGAGGUGCUAUGAGUCCAACUGCUGCCAAUCCAGGGAAGAUGAAGUGGAGAUCUUGGGACCUUUCCCUGCCCAGACUCCUCCAUGGCUGAUGGCCAGCCGGAGCAAUGACAAGGAUGGUGACUCGGUCCACACAGCCAGUGAUGUCCCAUUGACCCCAAGGACUAACUCCCCAGAUGGGAGACGCUCGUCUUCAGACACAUCCAAGUCCACCUACAGCCUGACUCGAAGAAUCUCCAGUCUGGAUUCCCGGCGCCCCAGCUCCCCACUCAUUGACAUCAAACCUAUUGAGUUUGGGGUUCUCAGUGCCAAGAAGGAGCCCAUCCAGCCAUCGGUGCUGCGCCGGACCUACACCCCUGAUGACUACUUCAGGAAGUUUGAGCCCAGACUUUACUCCCUUGAUUCAAACCUUGAUGAUGUGGACUCGCUGACUGAUGAGGAGAUCAUGUCCAAGUUCCAGCUGGGCAUGCUGCACUUCAGCACACAGUAUGACCUGCUGCACAACCACCUCACCGUAAGGGUGAUUGAGGCCCGGGACCUGCCACCCCCCAUCUCUCAUGAUGGCUCUCGCCAGGACAUGGCCCACUCCAACCCCUAUGUCAAGAUCUGCCUCCUGCCUGACCAGAAGAACUCCAAGCAGACAGGAGUCAAACGCAAGACCCAGAAGCCUGUGUUUGAGGAACGCUACACCUUCGAGAUCCCCUUCCUAGAAGCCCAGAGGAGGACCCUGCUGCUCACUGUGGUGGAUUUUGACAAAUUCUCCCGCCACUGUGUGAUUGGGAAAGUGGCGGUGCCUCUGUGUGAGGUGGACUUGGUGAAGGGUGGCCACUGGUGGAAAGCUCUGAUCCCCAGUUCUCAGAACGAAGUGGAGCUGGGGGAGCUACUUCUGUCUCUAAACUAUCUACCAAGUGCAGGGAGACUGAAUGUGGACAUCAUUCGAGCCAAGCAGCUUCUGCAGACUGAUGUGAGCCAGGGCUCAGACCCCUUUGUAAAAAUCCAGCUGGUACAUGGACUCAAGCUUGUGAAAACCAAGAAGACAUCAUUCUUAAGAGGAACAAUUGACCCUUUUUACAAUGAAUCCUUCAGCUUCAAAGUUCCCCAGGAAGAACUGGAAAAUGCCAGCCUAGUAUUCACAGUGUUUGGUCACAACAUGAAAAGCAGCAACGACUUCAUCGGGAGAAUUGUCAUCGGCCAGUAUUCCUCCGGCCCCUCUGAGUCCAACCACUGGAGACGGAUGCUAAACACCCACCGCACUGCUGUGGAGCAGUGGCACAGCCUGAGGUCCCGGGCCGAGUGUGACCGUGUGUCUCCUGCCUCCCUGGAGGUGACCUGAUUGCCAUGGGGAAGACAGCCUUCAUUUGUUAAAA